GAUGACAGGAACCAGUCUAGGGGCCCGCUUCUACCGGCAGAUAAAAAGACAUCCUGGGCUUAUCCCCAUGAUCGGCUUCAUUGGCCUGGGCAUGGGCAGCGCUGCGCUCUACUUGCUGAGACUCGCCCUGCACAGUCCGGAUGUCUGCUGGGACCGAAAGAAUAACCCAGAGCCCUGGAACCGCCUGAGUCCCAAUGACCAGUACAAGUUUCUGGCAGUUUCCACUGACUAUAAGAAGCUGAAGAAGGACCGGCCAGACUUCUAAGCCAGGCUGGGCUUCUGUGCCAUGCAAACUACUGUCAUUUCUUCCGCUCCCUGCCCCUAGACCUCGCGGCAUCAGUCUGGCCUCUGUGUCCAGCUUCUGCUUACACAGGCUCAUUCCCACGCAGAGAGGACCCAGCUCCACCCCAACCCUCCUCCCUUGCUCCCAGCAGCGGAAGAGCCUCUGACCCUGGGCUUGAAUCCCACAUGGGGGAGGGGACUCAAGACAGCAGGCAGUAGCCAGAAUUGACCCAAAAGGCCAGAGCCAGCCUCCCGGUUCUCCUAACCCUCGCCUAGCAGGGUGCGGCACAAGCUACGUGUUGAGCGUGACUGUCGUGAGCCAACAGCGAGCGGGGGCUUGAGUGCCAAGGGAUGUGGCAGGCCCGUUAGGGCAGGCUUUGAGUGAGGCCCGGGAGCGCUGCUGGCUCAUCAUCUCCCUUCCCCAGCCCUCCCUGGAUGGGGCACCUCUGCCAUGAAGCCUGUUUCUCUCCUGCCCAAGCCUGCUGCCUCCCAUCUAUGGCACUCCCUCCCAGCUCACACCUGGGCCUUCCUAUGCUGUUACCCACCCCUCCCCUCCCCUCCCCUCCCCAGCUCCCCUGUCCCCUGGGAUCAAACAGAAGCAGCCGUGGGCAAAAUACAAUUUCAUUUAACAAAUUGAA